CUGUUUGGCCUCUCUGGGCUUUCAACUUAAUUUAGUUCUCUCUCAUGACCAAAAAGCAUUCAUUCUAGAGCAUUAGUUAGUUAGUUAGUUAGUUAGUUAGUUAUAUGCAUAUGUAUAUAAACGUAUGCAUGCAGAGAUUCAUUAUGAUCUGUGUCAUCCCCAUCCUCUACGUACGUAUGCAUGCAAGUUUUUCGUGAAUUUUGAAAUUAAUUUAUUUUCGUUACGUUAAUUCUUCAAUUUUCAAGAUCAGUCAAAUAUAUAUGUUUCCUCUUAAGCUUCCUAAAUUCAUCAGCCUUACGGCUUCCAUAGAUUGGUUUUACCGGCAUUCUUUCGCCAACGCCGGCCUUCGGUCGGUUUUAACCAAUCUAGAUGAUGGCACCAUCAUGAAUUGCUGGGUGCCCAAAUCCCACAAACCCUACAAACCGACCCUCCUCCUCCUCCAUGGCUUUGGAGCCAAUGCUAUGUGGCAAUACGGGGAGCAUCUACGGCACUUUACCCCCCACUUCAACGUGUACGUGCCUGACCUCCUCUUUUUCGGCCACUCCUACACAUCGUGCGUGGAACGCUCAGAGUCGUUCCAAGCGCAAUGUGUAAUAAGGUUAAUGGAGGCCCACGGGGUUGGAAAGAUGAGCAUGGUGGGGAUAAGCUAUGGUGGGUUUGUGGCGUACAACGUGGCCUUACAGUGUCCGGGGAUGGUAGAGAGGGUUGCGCUGUGUUGUGCCGGGGUGUGCUUGGAGGCGAAGGAUAUGGAGGAAGGGUUGUUUAGGGUGUCGAACUUGGAUGAGGCUGCAAGCAUUUUGUUGCCUCAGACUCCAGAGAAGCUAAAGGAAUUGAUGCGCUAUUCAUUUUUCAAGCCUGCAAAGGGCGUGCCCUCUUUUUUUCUCACGGAUUUCAUUCAUGUGAUGUGUACAGAUUAUGUAGAAGAAAAGAGAGACUUGAUCCGGGCAAUACUCACGGAGCGAAAAAUGUUUAAUCUUCCCAAGAUCACACAGCCCACAUUGAUAAUAUGGGGACAACAGGACCAGAUAUUUCCGGUGGAGCUAGGGUACAGAUUAAAGAGGCAUGUAGGGAAAAGUGCUCAACUGGUGAUUAUCAAGAACGCAGGACAUGCUGUGAACCUGGAAAAGCCCAAGGAGUUUGUGAAGCACCUGAAAGCCUUCUUUUAUGACUCACCCUCAUCUCCGUCGUCACCAACAACAUGGAAAGAUCACUUUCAAUUUCACAUCAACAAAGUCUCUUCAUAAGUAAACUUCUAAUUUAAUUAGGUGAUUUUGACAAGAAUAUAUAUAUGUAUAUAUAUAUAUAUAUAUAUAUACAGAGAGCUUCCAUUGAGGGAUCCCUCAAAUAAGCUUAUUUGAGAGACACCUUUGUAGGGUCUACUCCGUAUUGUAUUUUACUAAUCCAAACCGUCUAUUGUGUA